AUGAAGAGCUGGAUAAAGGAGAAACGACCGGGUUUCGAGUAUAGGACUAUCGCUCAUCUUCCUACUGCUCACAUCGCCGGCAUCCAAGGCUACCUAAUAAACCCUUUCUACAUCGGCGGCACCGUAUACUGGAUGCCCCGUUUCGACUUCCAGCAAUUCCUCUCUUACAACGCCAAAUACCGCGUAACCUUCUUCUUCACCGUACCCCCCAUUUACCUCCUCAUCGCCAAAUCGCCCCCCGUAACCACGCAAUUCUCAAGCCUCGAGAUCGCUAUUUCUGGAGCAGCACCUCUAGGUAAAGACCUCCAGUAUGAUGCAAGCCAGAAACUAGGCGGGAAGGAGUGUUUUAUUGACCAAACGUGGGGUUUGUCGGAAACAACGGGUUCCACGACAAUCAUGCCUACGGGAAUGCAUGAUGACACGGGCUCUGUGGCUCCUCUCAUUCCGAAUAUGCGUGCUCGACUCGUCGACGACGACGGCAAGGAUGUUGAACCAGGAACACCCGGUGAGGUGCUUGUCAAAGGCCCUGUGGUGUGCAAAGGCUAUUACCAAAAUGAGGAUGCGGAUAAAGAGGCUUUCACCCCAGAUGGCUGGUUCCGUACAGGCGAUAUCGCGGUAUUUAGAAACGGAUUAUUUUAUAUUGUCGAUCGCAAGAAGGAACUCAUCAAGUACAAGGGCCUGCAGGUUGCCCCUGCAGAGUUGGAAGCCGUGUUGCUCAGUCAUCCGGACGUGUUGGAUGCAGCGGUUAUUGGAGUGGGAACAGAGGAUGGGGUUAACGAGGUGCCAAGAGCCUAUGUUGUUGUUGGGGAUGGGAAGAUUAGCAAGGAGCAGAUUACUGAGUUUGUAAAGAGCAAAGUGGCGGGGCAUAAACGGUUGAGAGGAGGGGUGGUGUUCUUGGACGAGAUUCCUAAGAGUCCGAGUGGAAAGAUUCUAAGAAAGGAUUUGAGAGUGCUGGCGGGGAGGGAGAGGGGUGCGAAACUGUAG